AUGCCCAAACAAACAAAAAAGCAAGCGUUCAUAGUAAACACUUCAUCAUCAUCAUCGUCAUCAUCGUCAGCUCCAAUAAAUACAUGCACCAAUACGAAUAAAACAACGGCAUCAAAUUUAUCACAAGACCAACUAAAAUCAAAACAUCUUUACAAUCUUAUCCACACAAUUCCACAAUCAAACCCUAUUUCCAAAAUAUAUUCAUUACAAUUUGAUAAAUUAAAUUCAAUAAAAUCUUUAAAUGUACCAUCACAAAUAGAUAAUAAAAUUUGUAAUAAAUGUGGAAUAUUAUUAAUACCUGGAUUAAAUAUGACUAUUAGAAUCAAAUUUAGAAAAAUGAAACAAACCCAAAGAGAUAAUGAAGUGGAAAAUAAUAUGUCUAAUAAUAAAUUAAAGCAGAAAUGUUUAAGUUGUGGGAACAUCAAUUAUUUUGAAUUGAGUAAGAAUACACUGUCUAACAAAUCUCAAAUCGAUAACUCCGGAGUGCUCAACCAAACAUUGCCUGAUCAUAGUAGUAUACCUCAAAUAAAUGUGUCGGAGAAAUCAAAUGUUAAAGAGAAUGUACCUCAAAAUGAAGGUGAAAAGAAAGAAGAAGAAUUAAUCCCAGAUCAAGUACAACAAACUACUGAAGCAUCAACUCAACCAAAUCGAAAUUCAAUCCCAGAACCAAUACAAGAAACAUCAUCAUCAUCGUCACCAGCAACAAUUACAGCCAAAAACAAAGCAGCAAAAGAUAGAUCAAAAAAGAGAAAAGCAGAAACCAAUUUAUUACAAUCAUUAAAACAAAGAAAAUUAGAUCAAGAUUCCAAAUCGAAAAAAAUCAAUUCAUUAAAUUUAAUGGAUUUUUUAAAAUAA